UUCGCGCUCAUCGCAAACACAAUUCGAUAGAAAGAAAGUAUCCGGUCGCUGGAGUUCGUGCAGGAGUGCGGUGGACAAAACCCUUCACGGAAUGGAAAGGGUCAUCAACGCUGCAUUGAACUUCCUAUUCUACAUGUGCCUGGUCCUUGGAAUUCUGUUUCUCGUGCCUAUCAGGCUGAGCAGAAGGAUCCAAGAAGCAUUAUUUGCAAGAUUAUUUUUCCCCGUGGCAAUGCUUUUGUUCAACGACAAGCUCAGAAGAGUGCGUCGCCCGACAGUGGGCCAACUGAACGAUCUGCUCUCACACGAUGACAACCUGAGGAAGCAAGGCACCCUGAGGGUCCUGGAGAUCGGCACAGGUUCCGGAGCCAACUUGGAGCACCUGGGGCGGAAGGUGCAGUACUGGACAUUGGACCCCAAUCCGGAGUUUGGAGCAGACAUCCGGAAGCAGCUGAAGAGAAACCCCAACGUGACGAUGGAACGGUGGAUCCAGGGGUGCGGCGAAGACAUGCGGGGCGUCCCCGACGGCCAUUUCGACGUCGUGCUGAUGACGUAUGUCCUCUGCUCUGCGACGGAUCCGGAGAGGGUACUCGCGGAAUGCAAGCGAGUGCUCGCAAAGGGCGGGCGGCUGCUCUUCGCGGAGCACGUGGCUCACCGCGAGGGCACCUGGGGCCUGGUGCUGCAAAAGAUCCUGGAUCCCCUGUGGACUUCAAUCGGCUGCGGAUGCCAUGUGACCAGGAGAUCCGGAGACAUCUUGGCAAAGGCUGGCUUUGCCCAUCUCCAGCUCAAUGAGCUACUUCUGCCCAUGCCUACGCCGGUCUCUAGAAACGUUUGGGGCUACGCUGAGAUAGAAUAGCUCUAAUUGGCGGCGCCACACGCGGCUGCAGAUCAGCAGAUAAUUCUUUUUUUUUUUUUUUUUGUUUUUUGCGAUUACAG